ACUGUCCUGUCAGAGGAGCGGGUGGUAUUUGAAAAGAUUGCCUUUCACACGGGGACAAGGGAGCCAGAAACUCAAAACUCUUUUCUUGCAUGGAAAGGAGAUGCCAAUCAUCUUUGCUCUCCCUGCCUCUUUAAGAGCCUGGGGGCUGAUGCGCCUUAAUUUGGCCCAGCCCUUCCUUCUCCUGAGCCAUCUCCAGCAGCCUCAGCCUUUUUUUGGCGGCCCUGGGUUUCACUUUCUUUUCCUCUGGGCUUUGUAAGUGGCUCUUCUGCCGCGCGCCAUGGCUUCCUCAGACCCGCAGAAGCUGGAAGAAAAGCUGACGUGCUGCAUUUGCCUGGAUACGUUUAGCACCCCGGUGACGGUGCCCUGCGGGCACAGCUUCUGCGAGAAGUGCAUCUGCGACCACUGGGACGGAGAGGAGGGCAAAGGGCCCGCCGCCACGGGCUACACUUGCCCCUCGUGCCGCAAGAGCUUCCCGGAGAGGCCGGAGCUCAGCAAGACCGUCCUGCUCGACAGUCUGGUGGAGCUGCUCCACAAGCAGGAAGAUGGCGGGCCGGCUUCCCGGACGGAGCAGGCGGCCGCUGCUCGGGAAAGGAAGUGCCCCAGGCACGGCCGGCCCUUGGAGCUGUACUGCCAGACGGAGAAGCGGGGCAUCUGCUGCGUGUGCACGCUCAAGGAGUGCCAGCAGCACGGCAGGGCCCUCGUCGAGGACGAGCGGAAAGCCAAAGAAGAGUCUGUAAGAGCAACCCUGGAGAAAACUCGAAAGGAGGCAGAGCCUAUCAGAGAAGCAAUUCAGAAACUGGAGCAGCGGAUAGACAACAUCAAGGGUUCCUCGGAGAAGUUAAAAUCUGGAGUUGUGCAGAAGUUCGCUUCUCUUGUGGAAGCCUUGAAGGAAUGCCAGAGGAAGACAGUGGAGAAGAUUGAAAGAGAGCAAGAUGCUGCGCUUGGCAAAAUGCAAGAGAACUUGGACCAGCUGAAGCGCCAACUGGAUGGGCUUACCCAGCGCAACGAGAAGGCAGAAGAGCUGCUCGCUUGUACUGAUGAUAUGACGUUUCUGGAGGAACUGCAUCAUCUUCCUCCUCUUGGCAACUUAGAAGUUAUUCCACCUGUUGAGUUUGAUUUGGCCAGCAAUGUGGAUGCUGUCACUGAACUCUUCAAUGAGGUUUCCAGGCUUUUGCAAGAGGCUCAGUCAAAUUCCUUGAGUCCACCGAUGACUGAAACAAAAGCUCCUGACCUGGAGGCAACCCUUUAUAAUGGGCCUGGGCAAGUCUCACCGGAGCCAAAGGUAAUUGUGAGAAGGGCCGGACCGUGCCUUCCAGACAAUGAGUUAAGAAUGUCUUUUUUAAAAGCUCAGCAGAAUUUGACCUUUGAUCCAACAACAGCUAACCAAUACAUGCAGUUGUCCGAUGAGAACCGGAAGUGCCAUCACUCUCAACGUAUUCGGGGGUCGAGGCCAAAAGACCCACAGAGGUUUGAGCCAUGGCAAGUCAUGUGUGCCCAGAACUUCAGCCAGGGCAGCUGCUACUGGGAAGUCAAGUUAUCUGGCCACUCUGUCAUCAUUGGCGUGGCUUAUGGAAAGUUCCCCAGGAAGAAGCGGGUUGGCCGCACAUUCACCAUUGGGCUGGAUAAACUCUCCUGGGGCCUGCACGUCCAGGAAGACUGCUAUAUGGCUUGGCACAACACCGAGUGCAUUAAGAUAAAAAAGCACGUGUGCAAAUUCAUUGGGGUGUGGUUGGAUUGCAACCAAGGAGUGCUAUCCUUUUAUGGCGUGGAUGACAACAUGACACUCCUCCACACUUUCAACACGAUCUUCACAGAGCCCCUUUUCCCAAUCUUCUGGCUUUGCGAAGGCAUAGCUGUGACCCUCUGCCAAAAGCCACAGGGCAAAGUUCGAACUGAUGGGGUGCCUCCUGUCUUGCAAGCAGCUGCUGCUGCCGCCACCACAGUGGACGAACUGCCAGAUGAUGAGAUACCUCUGAAACAAGGAGAGCAACUCCACGCGUUCCUGGUGGGCGGAGUUGGCUCUCCCGCGCCCUGGAUGUGGGAAAGGGAGCAGCCCAGGCGCGCUCUCUUCGCCUCCUUCUCGGUGGAGUCGAGCAGCAUGGAUGCGGGCUCCGGCCCCAUCAGCCCAGUCUCCCAUCUCCAGGAAGGCCCUUUCAGCUGCCCCAUCUGCCUCGACGCCCUCAAGGACCCGGUCACCACCCCUUGCGGCCACAACUUCUGCCUGAGCUGCCUCGGCGCGCACAGGCACCACCCCGGGACCGUCGCGGCAGGAAGCGGCGCGCCAAGCAGCUCCCGCUGCCCGCUCUGCCAGGAGUCUUUCCCGGCCGACCUCCAGCUCCGGAAGAACCACACCCUGGCCGAGCUGCUGCAGCUCCGGCAACCCGCCCCGAGCAGCCCGGGGCUGGCCAUGGCCCCCGACAAGCCGCCGGAGCCGUGCGUGCCCGGCGACUCUUGCGCGCCGUCGGAGGACGCGCCGCCCGAAGAGGUGCUGUGCGACUUCUGCACCGACGGCGAGCGCGCCCGGGCGGCGCAGUCGUGCCUGGUGUGCCUGGCGUCCUUCUGCUCGCCGCACCUGCAGCCUCAUCUCAAAAGCCCCGCUUUCCAAGGCCACCGGCUGGUGCCGCCCUUGCGGCACAUCGAGGAAAGCCUCUGCAAGCUGCACCUCAAGCCCCUGGAGAGCUUCUGCCGGACGGACCGGAGCUGCAUCUGCCAGCUGUGCAGGGCCCAAGAACACCGGGGCCAUGAAGUGGUGGCGGUGGAGGUGGAGCGGGAGCACGUGGAGGCCCAAAGACCCAAAAUCCUGAACAGCGUUGAGAAUCAGUUGGAUGAACUUGGAGUCACUAUUGCGCAGACAAGGAGGACUGUGGACCUCAUCAAAGGCACUGCUCAGAAAGAGAAGGAAAAGGUCAGCAAAGUCUUUGCCGAGACGGCCAGGGUCCUUGCAGCCUUUCAGAAGGAAGUCCUUGGCUUCAUCGAAGAUGGGGAAAGAGCAAUGCUGACUGGGGCAGCGGAGGAGCUGCGGCAGAAGGAAGAGAGGCGUGACACACUGACUGAACACAAGCGGAAUCUGGAGAAGGUUCCCAGCACAGACACCAUCUCUUUCCUGCAGGAGUUCCAAGCACUGAAAAUAGCCACUGAAGAGAAAAACUUCUCAUGGGCAAGCUUCCCCAAAGAGCUGAGCUUCAUCAAAUCCAGCCAGGCCGUGCUCGCUGUGAAGGAAAUGCUAGUGAACAUUUGCAAGAACCAGUGGGACCAGCUCUCAGGGAAUGGAGACGAAGGGCCCAUUCUUUAUGGCAUGCCAGAAGUGACCAUUGAGCCCCCGAUUCCGGAAAAAAGCAGCAACCCCGCCUGUUUGGAGUCCCGAGAUUAUUUUCUCAAAUUUGCCUUCAUCAUCGACUUGGACAGCGACACUGCCGACAAAUUCCUCCAGCUGUUUGGGACCAAGGGAGCCAAGCGGGUGCUGAACCCUAUCGCCUACCCCGAGAGCUCGACCAGGUUUGUCAACUGCGAGCAGGUGCUGGGCGAGAACUUAAUGAACCGAGGCAACUACUACUGGGAAGUGGAGAUCAUUGACGGCUGGGUGAGCAUUGGUGUCAUCACGGAAGAUUACAACCCGCAGGAGUCCUAUGACAGGGGCCGCCUGGGCAGGAACGAGAACUCCUGCUGCCUGCAGUGGAACGGGCAGAACUACGUGGCCUGGUUCGGCGGCUUUGACUGCGUGAUACAGCAGCCUUUCUUCCAUACGAUUGGGGUGUACUUGGAGUACUCAGAGAAGGUGCUGACCUUCUAUGGAGUCAAGGAUUCCAAGAUGACAUGCCUGCAGCAGUUCAAAGUGGCGCGCUUCAAGAAGGGCCAUUUUGACCCCUUCCAGAAUAAGAUCAACCACCAGUUUCCGGCGCUGUUUACGCACAACCUCAAGCCGGCCUUCUUCCUUGAAAGUGUUGAUGCCCACAUGCAGCUUGGGCCUCUCAAGAAAGAUUGUGUUUCGGUGCUGAAGCGACGGUAACUCGUUCCAUGUGCGGUAGAGCAAGAAAGGAACUGGUAAAGAGAUUUAAAACGGGAUCUUUCCUAGAACAGCAUGUCACUUCCAUGAUUCAGGGUUACUAGGCUCUUCGCCCAUAUGUCUGUCCCUGCUACCUUUUGAGUCAUUUGACUGGUGCCUUUAAAGAUAAUGGGCCAUUUCCAUGUUGGUCUUUUCUCUCUCUUGCCGCCUCUUGGAUUUUUAGUCAUAGUUAUAGUUUAUUCACACUGGGCUUAAACUCGAAGACCAAGCUUGUUACCUUUCACUUGCUGUUUGGGGAUAUGGAGAAGAUUGAUUCUAGUCUGAACUUUCAUUUUCUGUAUUAAUCCAAUAUAUUUACCACACACACACAGUUUCCUGAUUCUGUACUCAUCAGUUCUAGGGCUUCUUCCUGCUCUCUUAGCCGGGGGGAUGGUGGCGGCGGGGAAAAUAUCAGUGUUACUUUAAGAAAGGAGUCAAGAACCUGGAAUGUUGCUGGACUACAAGUCCCAUUACCCCUAACUAUUGGCCAGACUGACAGGGGUUGCUGGGAUUUGGAGUCCCCUAACAGCUGGAGAGCCAUAGGCUCCCCACCUCUGGCCCAGCUUGUGAGGAGUUACAAAUUUUUCUGUGGGCACUGAGCCAAAUCUUAACUUCUGAUUUAAACUGCUGUUCUUUAAGAUGGGAGCUGGUGGUUGAGUUGAAACAGGCGACCUACUUUUCUUCUGUUUCUAGGAUAUCUUGUUUUUAGUAGAUAAUUACAGUUCUUCAUAUAAAUUGGGAAGGAUGGAAAAAUAAAACUUAGCUAGUUCAGAGACAGAACUGAUUUUUAUCAUUUGAAGAUUAUUAUUAUUUACCUCAUGGAUUCCCUGACAAUAACUGAAUUGCUGAAAUGCUUGUGUGUUUUAUUAGCCCUGUGGUCUCAGCAUUACGGUUAUUUUCUGCCAGAGUUUUCUUCCAGUUAUUCAGUUUGUUGCCUAUCUGCCAAGGGUGGGUCUUUUACAAAAUAAAUGGCAACAUACUGAACACAGGGUGAAAAAUAUUAUGAAUUUGGUGAAACAUGAUGGUUAAUUGUAUGAGUUCACUUAUCCCUGCUGUCUGGGCUCAUGCAGUUCUUCCUGCCUACCAGUAAGAAACGGUGAGGUCACCAAAGUUAUUUUCUACUUCUCCUAAUGGAAAUAACUACAGCGCAAUUGCUCACAAUAGCAACACACACACACACACACACACACACACACACCAUCAUUGGUCAGCAUUAUUAAAAAUAUGUUUUGGCAUUUUCAUCUUUCAGCCAGAUACUAAAUAUGUUAGUCUGACUUGAGUUGAGCAAGACUCUACUUCCUGGUAGAUAUGCCUAUAAAUGCAGCCCUUACAAUCUCACCUGUUGCCAUUGGAAUUAGUUAUUGAAAGAAUACCACAAUGAUCAUGUUGUGAUUUCUGUAUUCUUACUGUAUUCUUAAAAACACUUUGGGGAUAAACUGGAACAAUAGGAAAUUUCACACUGAACCAAAAUUGGCUGUAUUAAUUGUUCCUCCAUGAGCAAAAUAAUAAAGCCAGUAUAUUUGCUUCCUUGGGUAAUACUGUGCUGCUCUUUGUUUUUCACCCCAAUUUUUGGGUGGUGGUAACCUUUCUGCUUUGUUUUAUUAUUAUUAAUAAUAAUACACAGUUGUAUAAUCUAACAUGUGUGAGAAAAUAAUAAGGAAAAAAGUUUAAAACAAUCUAGUUGCCAUUAAAGAAUAUGCAAACAUAA